AUGGAUGCAACAGGCUUGCCAGAAUGCAUUCUAACCUCUUUAGAUGGACAGCUGUUCGCCAGUGUUGAUGUAGCUACGAAUGACUUGUCCACUGGGUCUUGCACCACGCUUCUUAUCAUCCCUAUUAUUCUUGUCAUCUUCAUAGCCUCAAUUUUCGAUCAAACGCAUCUCUCUCUUUGUGUAGGCGUAGCAAGUAUAACCUCGCACUGCACCGCAGCGUAA